AUGGAGAAGGGCAUGGACUCCUACAACAAGGGGGGUAGCGCCGGUGAGGUCAGGAGGAUCAACGUGGUGUACUUCCUGAGCCGCGGCGGCAGGACCGACCACCCCCACCUCUUCCGCGUCAACAACCUCCACCGCUCCGGCGUGCGCCUCCGGGAUGUGAAGCGGUGGCUCUCGGAGGUCCGCGGCAAGGACAUGCCGGAGAACUUCUCCUGGGCUUACAAAAGGAAGUAUAAGGCUGGGUACGUAUGGCAGGACCUAAUGGACGAUGACCUCAUCACGCCCAUCUCCGACAACGAGUACGUGCUCAAGGGCUGCGACGUGCGAGGAACCCCUCCUCCCUCUCCCUGCGCCGACGCGCCAAAGCCUUCUUCCUUGGCAGGCGAGAAGAAACUGCACCGGACGGAAGAGAAGGGCCGGAAGCAGGUCGAGGAGGAGCUCCAGGUGGCGCCAGACUCCGGCGAGAGCUCCCCGAAGCCGCCGCCGCCGAUCGACCAGGACUCGCCGAGCAGCGAGGGCGAGGCCGCGCAUUUCAGGAUCGUCCUGCCGCUGGACCUCCAGGAGCGAAAGCGGCGGCAGCAGGAGGCCGCGAGACGUGCAGCCAUCGAUCAGCAGGCGUUGGUGGUGCGGGCGGCGGCGGCGGGCGGCAGGAAGCAGCAGCCGGCCGUGGGGAGGGCGCGGAGGAUGCGCGUGGCGCGGGUGCUCCACAGCAUCCUCACGUGCGGCGCGGCCGACUCCGUGGACGCCGCGGCGCUCCAGCCCGUCGCGCUGCCUCGGCGGAGCGGCGGCGGCAGCGCAGGCGACGACGAGGACGGGUGGCGGGACACGACGCCCGUGUGCCCCGGCAUGGACGGCUGCGGCAUCCACAUGAACAGGAAGGUGAGGCUCCGGCGAGGCGGGAAAGACAAGGCGAAGCCUGAGGGAGGGAAGCGUCCCGGCGCCGUCGCGGCCGCGCACAAGCCGGCGAGUCUGCCGCUCUGCUCGCAGUGCGGGAAGGAGUUCAAGCCGCAGGAUUUGCACUCGCACAUGCAAUCAUGCAGGGGCUUCAGGGCGCGGAUGAGGAGCAGCAACGGUACCCGUGGCAUGGACAAGAACCACAUGAGGAGCGCCAAGACCGACAAUUCCUCUCCGGAGAGGCCGUCCACCGGGCUCCUCCUCACUCAGUAG